AUGAGCAGAAUUCUCCAGGGAGCCACGGCCGGGAGCAGCAGUGACGCCGCUGCCUUCAACGCCCGUCGCCAGUCGACCAUCUCACAGGCAUACACACAGUCCGAGUACUCCGAGUCUGAGUUUGGCGACCAAGAUAACGGCUGGGAUGACUGGGAGGAUGAAGAUGGUAUGGCAGCAGCAGAUCCCAAGUGUCUCUUCUGUACCGAGAUCUUCCCCUCUGCCCGCGAGGUCUUUGACCACUGCACCAAGACCCACGGCUUUGAUUUCCUUCGUGCGCGCCAUCAGCUUGGCUUGGACUUUUACCAGUCGAUUCGCUUGAUCAACUACCUCCGCAAGCAAGCCCAGGACAAGCCUGUCGAGGCAGAGCAGACAAGCUCGUUUGUUCUCGAGGGCAAGGAAGCCUUCUUGGCUGACGACCAGUACCUCCGCCCCGUGAUUGAGGACGAUUCGUUGUUGUUUGCCUUUGAGGAUCUGGAGAUUGAGGACCAGGGAGAUUACAGCCAGGAGGAGACAGAGAUCUUGAUGCCUCAGGGAGAUGCCAAGAGGAUGCACCGGUCUUCGUGGGAGGAUGUUGAGGCGACGACGGAUUUGGAGGCCAAGCUGUUGAAGCAGCUUCAGCAGGCGGAGGAGCGUCUCUUUUCGGUCGAGGUUCAGCUCCAGAACACUGAGCAGCAGUUCCAGGAGUACCGUUCCCGUGUCAAGGCGUCGUUCUUUGAUACCUUGGAGGAUUCAACUGCCCGCAGUACCGUCUCCCAUGCCGAGGAUGAUGAGCCCAACAAGGUGGUUGUCCCCCAGGAUGAGGGCAACUACUACUUCAACUCUUACGCACAUUCGGAUAUCCACCAGCAGAUGUUGAACGAUCGUGUCCGGACAGAAGGAUACAGGGAUUUCAUCUACGAGAACAAGGAUAUCUUCAAGGGCAAGACAGUCUUGGAUGUCGGAUGUGGAACGGGUAUCCUGUCGAUGUUUGCGGCUCGUGCUGGAGCCGCCAAGGUGUUGUCGGUCGAUAACUCGGAUAUCAUUGAUAAGGCUCGCAAGAAUAUUGUCGAGAAUGGACUCGAGGAUGUCAUUACACUGUACAGGGGCAAGAUUGAGGAGAUCAAGUUGCCCUGCAAGGUUGACAUUAUUAUCUCUGAAUGGAUGGGCUACUUUUUGUUGUAUGAGGCCAUGUUGGACUCGGUCCUUGUUGCCCGUGAUCGCUUCUUGGCUCCUGGCGGUAUCCUGGCUCCUUCGCAGACAAGAAUCCUGUUCACAGCAACCAACGAUGAAUCCUUCGUGAACGACAGCAUCGACUACUGGAACGACGUCUACGGAUUCAAGAUGUCGACCAUGAAAGAAAACGUCCUCCGCGAGGCCGUCGUCGACUUUGUCUCACCCGAAUCCAUCGUCACCAACACGGUCACCAUCAAGGACCUCCCCCACCAAACCAUCACUGUCGCCGGUCUCGAUUUCGUCUCGGACUUUGAACUCGUCAUGAAGCACGACGAUCAUAUCUCGGCGUUUGUCGGGUACUUUGAUACAUGGUUUACUCGGGAUGGACAGGAUGUUGGGUUAGAUGUGGGGAUUAGCAAGGAGGAGUUGAAGAAGGAGAAGAUGAAUGGGUUUACGACGGGCCCAGUGUAUACGAGGUCCGAGGAGACGCAUUGGAAGCAGACCAUGUUUGUGUUGGAGAAGCCUAUUGAGCUCAAGAAGGGCGAUAAGGUCAAGGGUACUUUCUAUUGUGAUAAGAAUCAUAUGAACCCUAGAGCGUUGGAUUUGAGGAUUGUUUAUGAGGUCGUUCGUCUUGCUGGUGAUGGUGCUGAAGAAAAGGCUGAUUUGGUCUUCUUCCUUCGUUAA